AUGAUGGACGACGCCACCACCGCGAUGGAGCUCUUCGCCUGCCGAUCAGAGCUCGAGUACUCCGAGGAGCGCGUCAAGCUGCUAGAGGCCGAAAAGAAGCAGCUGCAGGCCAAGAUCAGAGCCUACGAGUCCUCCCAGCGCGAUCCGGAUCGCCUCGGCGAAGGCUCCGACCGCGUCCCCUACCAGCAGCAGAUCGAGCGCCUCAACCAAGACCUGCAGCUCAAAGAAACCAAGAUCCAAGAGCUCUACGCGAUGCUCGAAGGCCUCGAUAAGCAGACGGCCGAAGCACACGAGCGCGCCCAGCUGCUCGACAGGCAGUGCAAGAACCAAGACGUCGAGCUCGAGGCGCUCCGAUCGCAGAAGUCGGGCAUCGAGGGGCUCGAGACCUUUAACAAGGAGAUUGAGCGGAUGAAUGGCGAGCACCGCGACCUGCUCAAGGCGCUGACCAAGCGCGAGGCCGAGAACAGGGCAGCCAAGCGACUGCUACGGCGCUUGACGACGCUCAUGGCGGGGUUCACGCCUCCAUCCAGCCUAACGGACCUCGACGGCAGCGACAGCAAUCCUCCCCACGGCAUCGCAGACAUCGACGCCUCGUUCGACACCAGCCGCACCCUCGACCCAGAUUCCUCGAUCAUCACGCCGACCUCGCUGGUCCUCUCCACGGCCGCCGGCGACAAAGUGGCGCGCGGCUUCGACGAGGACAUCAUCGACGACAUCGAGGCUGCCCGGCUCGGCUGGGAGACGGCGCAGAAUAGGAUCGCCUUUCAGGCCGUCGAAGAUAGGCUGCGGCUCAAGCGCGCUCAGGAUGAGGCCGAGCAGCUCCAGGUCCGCAACCAGCAGCUCGAGCGCCAGGUCUCGGAGCUCUCAUCAACUACCACGGCGGCACCGCAACAGCAGCAGCACCAAGACUGCGGCAACAACGACGAGAUCGUCCGUGCUCACGAGGCCGAGGUCGCCCGGCUGCGAGAGGAGACGGAGCGGGUCCGGUUCGAGGGCGAGGUUACGAUGAAGGCGACGGCGCAGAAGGCCGAGCACAAGAUCGAGAUGCUCGAGGGCCGCCUCGAGGAGAGCGAGGCUCGCACUCAGGCCAUCAAGGAAAUCUUCGCGUCGCUCCAGUCGAAGCGCGACAGGCUCUCGCGGAUCGAAGAGAAGAGCACGACCGUCAAGAGCCUCGAGAGCCAAAUUCGGUCGCACCUCGAGACGGUCAAGGCGUUCGAGACCGGGCGAUCCCACCACGCCGAAGAAGUCCAGGAAUGGAUCGCGCAGGCCAAGCAGCUCGGCGACUCGCUGCAGCUCCUCGCCAUCGAGCAGUCUGCCUCGUCGAACGCAGAGGCCUCGGCCAAGGUCAAGGAGCAGCUCGAGGGGACGCUCGAGAAGCUCAGGCUGGCCGAGAGCGAGAUUGCGGCGCGGUCGGAGCGAAUCGGCGAGCUCGAGGUCGCUGCCGACGAGGCGUUCUCGACGCAGUCGCGUCUCGAAGAGGAGCUCCAGGCAGCUCGCGAACAGCUCGCUGACGCUCGAGACUCGCUUCGAGACGUGCAGGCCGAGGCCGACAAGCGCAAGAUCAUGCUCGACGACGUGCAAGGCGACCUCUCAGACGCGAGGGACCAGGUCGGCCAGGCGCAGUCGGCCGCUACCGAGCGCCAAGAGCGCAUCGAGAAGUUGUCUGACACGAUCUCGCAGCUGGAAGCCGACAUCGACGCGUCUAAGGCGAACCAAGCUUCUCGAGACGAGGAGCUCGCACGGCACCGCGCCGAAGUUGGGCAGAGGGCGGAAGAGCUCGCCGAACUCCAAGCCGAUUGCGACCAGAAAGCCGGCGAGCUCGCCCGGCUCCAAAGCCUCGUCGACGAGCAGACCGCGGAGCUGACGAAGCGCGACGACGUGAUCCGGCAAAAGGAUCUCGACCUCGACUCGCAGCGAUCCAUGAUCUCUGAGCUGCACAACGAGAUCAGCGACAUCUUGGCAUCCAAGGAAGAGCUCACGAAGCAGGUCGAGACCCUCGAGACCGACCUCACCGCCACGAGAUCUGCCGAAUCAUCGGCAAGGCAAGCUGCGACCGAGGCGCAGAAGGAAAAGGCGGCGUUGAGCGACGAGAUCGAAGAGCUGCAAUCGCGCGUCCUGCGGCGCAACGAGCAGAUCGGCGGGCACCAAAAGGAGAUCGGACGCCUCAAGACGGAGCUGCAGAAGCUCAAGAUGAACGAGGCGCUGGCGCAGGACACGGGCGAGGAGCUCAUCGAGGCGCGACUGAGCCUUGAACGGCGUAUCGCAGAGCUCGAGGAGCAGCUCACGGCUGCCCAGACUGAGCAGCAGGGAACUCGCCGAUCUCUGGACACCGAGUCGGCCGAGACGCAGCGGUUGCGCGACGCACUCGCCGCCACCGAGUCGCGACUCGAGUCUUCCACUGGCGAGGCCGCCGAGCUUCAACGACAGCUCGACGAGAGCAACGCGCGAGCAGCUGCCGAGAGGAGCGAUGCCGCCGACGAGCUCGCCAAGGCUCAGCAGCAACUAGGCGACAAGCUCAAGCAGCUGAGGAAGCUGGAUGCCCGCGUCGAGCAGCUCACCGCGCAGACCGAAUCGCUGGCCGCUGCCAAGGAGGAGCUUGAGGCCCGCUCCGAAGAGCUUCAGUCGCGCCUUGUACAGGCCGAGCAGGGCCAGGACGCGACGAUUGCGCAGCUUCGCGAGCAGAUUGAAGCCCUCGACAGCGAUGCAUCGGCCAAGGUGGUCGAGCUGCAAGAGGCCACCGCGCAGGCCACGCGCUCUCAGGACGAGAUCGCAUCGCUGACCGAGCAGGUGAGGUCGCUCACCGCCGACCUGGACGACAAGAUGGCCGAGGCCGAAUCGGAGCGCGCCCAGCUCUCCGAACAGCUGCUGCGCGCGGAGCAGGCUCAAGGCGAGCGAGAGGAGGUCAUCGCGUCCUUGCAGGCGAAUAUUUCGGCUCUCGAUACCGAAGUCGUCGCCAAGGCCACCGCGUCCGGCGAAGUCGCCGCCAGACUCGAAGAAGCCGAGAACGAGGUCAAGAGACUCAAUGCGGAGCUCGAGCGCGUUCAGGCUGAUGCAGCAGAGGUCGCCGCUCACGAGCGCAAGCAGCUACAAGCACAGCUCGACGAGGCCCAGUCUCGCGCCGACUCGCUCUCAGCCAAGCUCCAGCAGACCAAGCAAGAUCUGCAGCAGGCACAUGCCGCAGAGCUCACCGAAGUCCGCGCUCUGACCGAGACCACGCAGUCGGCCCUCGGCAAGAAGGUCAACCGUCUCGAGGGCGAGCUCGCCGACACCCGCGAAGCGCUCCUGGAAGCGCAGCAAGCCGUUGCCACCAAGGCGCUCGCGCUCUCGGAAGCCCAGGCUCUGGUGGGCAUGCUGCAGGCACAGAACGUCGAAGCCGAACGCGACCACGACGCAAAGGCCCAGGCCGACCGAGAGGCUACGGAUGCGCGCGUACGCGCGCUCACCGAAGAACUGGCGGAUGUGCAGAGCAAGCUCAGCGAGCAAGAGGCCCUCGAAAAGGCAGCCGAAGAGCUGUUCGAGAGGAUCGACGUCUGGCUGGACGACAACAAGCGUUCGCUCGACACCCUCCACAAGGAAAAGAGCCAGCUGUCUGCCGAUCUGGCCGAGGCUCAAGGAGCCCUCGCUCGCAGCAAGGACGACGUCAAGACGCUCACCGAGACGCUCCAAAAGGGUGCCGAGGAGCAGGUCAACGACGCCCUCGCCUCGCUGGACCAGGCGCGGGACGAGCUCGAGGCGUCGCAACUCCGCUGCGCCGAGCUUCAGGAGCACCAGCUGCAGCUCGAGAACCAGGUCAAGGCGCUGCAGAUUGAGACCCAGAGGAUCGAGACGCUCGAGGCCGAGCUCGAGGAGGUGCGAGGCGCAGCGCAGGUGCUGAGCGAGGACAAGGCCAGGCUCGAGGAGGAGGCUGCGUGCCAGGCCAAGAAGAUCGACGAAUCCAGGCUCGAGGCGGAGAACCUGGCGACCGCGCUGGCCCGGCAGCAGCAAGGCUUUGACGCCAAGAUUGACGAGGCGGAGAAGCAGAGGCAUGAACUUGCUGGCGCUCUCGAAACCGCUGAGGCGGAGUUGGACGGCAUCAAGGGCGAGAUGGAGUCGGCCGAGGUCGAGCUUGCCUCUCUCCGCCGUCUCCAGUCGGAACGCGCCGCCAGCGCCGAGACGGAUGCGGCGCUCGCGGACGAGCUCGCCGCGGCACGGAAACGGAUCCAGCAUCUUGAAGGCGAGGUCGCAGAGCACCAGGCGACAAUCUUGGCAAUUCGGAAAGAUCUCGACCGCACGGCGGAAGAGGCCGAGGCGCAGCAGCAAAGCUCCUCGCGCAGUCUCGAAGAGGCUGAGCAGCGCCUCGCACACACCUCGGAAGAGCUGGAGGCGGCGCGCAAGGCCAUCGAGGAGCGCGAGCACGCCGCAUCGCAGAGUGCCGCAGCGGCAGCCGAGCAGGAGGCGAGCCUGCGGGAGCGGAUCGUCGCACUCGAGGCCGAAGUGGCGCAGGCCCAGUCCCGCGCCGCAUCGUCGACGACAUCGUCACGCGACCGCGAGGACCUCGAGCAGCAGCUCGCAGACUCGCGGGCACGUCUCUCGGAGCUCGAAGAGGUGCUGUCGGACCGCGAGGCGGCGAUGAACGCUCGCAACGACGAGUACUGGUCGCUCAAAGAGGAGGUGGCGGAGCUGCAGGAGCACGUCGAGCGUUCGCGCGUCGCCUCGGCGGGCGUCGAGGAGCUGUCGUCGCAGCUCGACGAAGCGCAGCAGGCGCUCGAGACGGUCCGGAGCGAGAAGGCGGCCCUCGAGGCCGAGAGGACGCGCCUGUCGGCCGACUACGAGGCGCUCAAGCAGCGGUCCCAGGAGGAAGAGGUUGACCGAGCGCGGAUCCAGGAGAUGGAGAGGCGCAUCGAGGCGCAGGCCGAGACGCUGCUCAAGUACAAGUCGGACGUCGCCAGGCUGCGCACCCAGCUGGCCGAGACCGAGUCGAAGCUCGCAGAGACCAGCGCCGCCGCAGCCGCCGCCGUCGCGGCAGCCGCCUCUGCGUCGACCUCGUCGUCGUCGGCCGAAGUGCGCGAGCGCAUCGACCACCUCGAGGCCGAGGUGCAGCGGCUGACCGACGAGCUCCAGGUCGCCGUCGAUGACCUCGAGGAGGCCAACUCCAAGGAGCUGGCCGCCAUGAAGGAGAGCCACAAGCUCAGCAAGAAGCUCAAGAUGAUGGUGGUCAAGAAUGCCGAGAGCGAAAAGGCCAGGAAGGAGGUCGAGGACCGCCUCGCUGCCAUGGAGGCCGCUGCCGCCAAAAAGCCGAUGUUGUCGUCUUCUGCAGCGGCACUGGCUACGACGACGCCGAGAGGCAAAGAGGCGAGCGCCAGAGAGGAGAGGAGGGUCUCGCCUCUGCCUUCGUCCUCGUUGUCGUCGACGGCGAUGUCGAGGAAGCGAUCACAGCCCGAGGAUGCCACUGAUUCGGCGUCGUCGCCGGUCACUCCAGGCUCGGCAGGUACGGAUGGCGGCGGCGACAAGGGCGUCUCGGACGUCAAGGCCCUCUUUGUGCCUCGGGAGCGCGAGAAGACGGGCUUCACCCCGGUCCGCCGACCGGGAUCCCGACCCAUCUCUCGAUCCAACACGAGCGCCGCCGCCGCCGCGGCAGCGAUGCACGGCAUCGUCUCGCCGUCGGUCCCAGCGACGACUACGGUGGCCCAGUCCGCGCACCGGGAAGACAGCGCGCCGAUUCAGAGGUCGACAUCCAACCCGUCCGACCUGGUCGUCGACUGA